AGAGGAGCAUAUAGAGGGAGCUGCGAGGGGACCGGGGAAAGCAUCACCAGCCUUUGGGCCGCCGGCGGGCCACGGCGGGCUGUGGUGGUAGCCGCUGCGCGCAGUCGAGCGCAGCAUCUCAGUCGCCGAUCCUUUGUCGUCGUCGUCAGCAGCAGAAGCCGCAGCAUGGUCGCCAAUGGAUCUAGUGGUGGCGGUGGCGGCGCCAUCCUGGGUCCCCCGCCGUCAUCGGAGGGCCUCGCAGCGCUGCUCUCGGCGUCUACCUCGGACAAUGCCUCGCCGCAUACAGAGCCGUCGACGUCGUCGUCGUCGUCAUCGCGCCCACCGCGGCUGAGCCCCACCAAGGCGUCUUCCUUGGCCCCCUCGCCGACCAAGCCUGGAAAUGGCAGUGGCAGCGGCAGUGGCAGCGGGAGUAGGAGCAACAGCAGCAGCAGCGGCACAACAAAAGACGCAGCGCUGCUCUCGUCGAGCCACCCACACAACCUCCGCAAGCUGGCCCGGACAGGCCUCGAGCCGAGCUUCAGCGUCAAGAGCUACAUUGGCGCGGCGAGUGCGCUGCUGGAAAAGGCAAAGUCGGACGAUGCCCAAGGGCUGGCCGAGCAGGCCUUUGUCAACUACCUCAAGAGUGCAAACGUCGCAUCGUCCAUCACCAAGCACGUCGAGUGGGAAAAGACGAUCCAGCAGCGCGGGCCGGCCUUCUACCGCUACCAGGAUUUCAUGAAGAAUGUGCCCGACAUCAUCCAGCGUGCCAACCGGCUCGAGGAGCUCCUGAUCGCGCGUGAGGCCGCACGGGCCGAGGAGGCCAAGUCGGCCGUGCUUAUGCAGGCGUCGCGGCAGCGGCAGGGGUCAGGACAGGGCCAGGAGCUGGGACUGGGACUGGGGCAGGAACAGGGCCAAACGAUUAACCAGGGCAGGCGACCGCAGGAGGAGGACAUCGACGAUGUCCAAGGCGGAGGCACCGAUGCUGCCGAUGUCGCUGGCUUCCCCGCGGCGGCCAUCCCGGGUCACUCGCCCUCACCCCCGGCCUCGCCAGCUCUUGAGACAGAGACACCCCGGGCCGCGACACCGACGCUGAGCAGCAGUGCACUGGCCACCACCACUACUACUACCAGCGGCAGCGGCGGCACCAAGGCCGGCCAGGCGCCAGCCACGCUCGCCGACCGGCUGAGCGUACUGCGCAUGUCGGGCCUUCCCUCGCCUGCUGCUGCUGCUGCUGCGGCAGGCGCGAGGGACGACAGGAAGCGCGACACCAUGGCUUCGAUUGCCCGGCGAGCGUCCGUCUCGGCGCAGGCAACGGGUGCAAACGAUGGCAUCGAUGGCGGCGAGGACCACCUCCCGCCGCCACCGGAGUCGCCGCAUCGAGCGCCGCCAGAGCUGCCAGCAGGCCUUGACGACCAACAGGGGCAGCAGCACCAGCAGCAGCAAGCUCGAAAUGAUGGCGUGCCCACCGAGUCGUACUUCCAGCGCACCUACCCGGCUCUCGACGACUUUGAGUCGGCACUUGGUCAUCCGGCCUCGUCGACGGGGCUACCCACGCCGUCCGACGGCCUUCCGCCGGCACUCAAGUCGCCUGCGCGGCCGCUGCCUACGCCUCCUAUCCCCUCGUCCUCGUCCUCGUCCUCGUCGCUGGCCACUGCUGCUGGGCCGUCGUCCACCGCAGCGCCCGAGCAGGCGCUCCGGCACGACGACGCACAGUCCUGGAGCCUGCCCCAGCGGACGCUCGUCUCUGUCGAGGAACUCUUUACGCUCCUCAACCCGGGCUUUGACACGCUCGUCGAUGCCCAGGGCAACAAGCGCAUGGUCCGCAAGACCACCUCGCGCAUCCUCGUCGCAGAUGUGCGGCCGAGAAGAGAGUACCGCGAGAUGCGGGUAAAGGGCCCCGACAGCUUCUGCAUCGAUCCUUCGAGCCUCGUGGCUGGCAUGAGCGUCCAGGGCAUCCGCCACGCCAUGGGCUCCGAGGGCGAGCUGGCCGCUUUUGACGCCAGGGACAGCUACGACGUCGUCGUCCUCCUCGACCGCGACUCGCGCGGCUAUCUCGGGUCCAGCGGCCAUCUCGGCUCCAGCAGCAUGUCUCAGCAGCAGCAACAAGAACAGCACGACGCGACCCAGGUCAAGGGCGCCCAGCUCAACCUCGAGCUCCUCUACCGCGCCCUGACGGCCAACUCAAAGACACCUGUCGCCCUCCUCGUCGGUGGCAUUGAUCGGUGGGCGCGAAAGGUGGGCGACAUGGGCUUGGUCGGCGAGGGCAUCCACGUCAAUGGCACGAGCAGCAGCCCCAGCACCAGCAGCGGCCGCACGUCGCCCACUCAGCAGCGCGUGGCUGUGGCCGCGACCCAGGACGAGGAGCUGAAGCGGGCCCGGAGACAGGGCAUCUAUGUCGCCGACGGGCCCUCGAUGCCUGCGCGGGCGUACCAGUCGACGUCUGGCCAGCGUCCCGCGUCGACGGUGGGCUAUGCGCUGCCCUCGCCGCUGCCCCGCAGCCUGCGUCCGGGCGAGAUCAUGCCCUCGUCCGUCUCGCGGCCCACGAUGGCCUCGUUUGACUAUCCCCAGCUCCGCGGUGGGCCUGCGCCACCGCCGCCGGCCGUCAACGGCACCUCGUCACGGGGGUCCUCAUCCACCGCCACUGCCACUUCUUCCACGGCGGCAACGGCCGCGGCGGGCCAGGGCAGGACCCAGUCGAUGGACCUGGCACGGCGGCCACUCGUACCCCCACCCGGUGGCGCACCCAUCGCGUCGACUACGACGCCGCGCACCGCCAGCUACACGACGCCCGGCGCACGGCAGACGCAGCGGGCCGACGUGCGCAUCGGCCUCACGGGACUCAAGAACGUCGGCAACUCGUGCUACAUGAACUCGACGCUGCAGUGCCUCAGCGCCACGAUUCCCCUCGCCCGCUUCCUCCUCGAGGGCUCGUACAAGCGCGCAAUCAACCACGUCAACCCGCUCGGCACCCAGGGCGCCCUCGCCGAGGCCUUUGCCCAGCUCGUGCGCGUCAUGUGGUCCGAGCAGUACACCUUUGUGUCGCCCGUCACUUUUCGCGAGGCAAUCACCCGCUUUGCCCCCGCCUUUCGCGGCUACGACCAGCACGACGCCCAAGAGUUUCUCGCCUUCUUGCUCGACGGCCUCCACGAGGACCUCAACUACGUCAAGCAGAAGCCGCCGCCCGUCGACAUGACGCCCGGCAGGGAGCUCGAGCUCGAGACGCUGCCCCAGCAGGUCGCCAGCGUCAAGGAGUGGGCCAUCUACCGCGAGCGCAACGACUCGCUCAUCGUCGACUGGUUCCAGGGUCAGUUUCGCAACAAGCUCACCUGCCUCACGUGCGGCAAGACGUCGACGACGUACAAUGCCUUCAUGUACCUCUCCCUGCCCAUCCCCGCCACGACGCGGGGCCAGCCCCGGGUGACGCUGACGCAGUGCCUCGACGCCUUUACGCGCGACGAGAUCCUCGACAAGGCCGACGCAUGGCACUGCCCACGCUGUAAGAAGCCGCGCAAGGCCAGCAAGCGCCUCAGCAUCUCGCGCCUGCCCCAGGUGCUCCUCAUCCACCUCAAGCGUUUCAGCUUUAAGGGGCCCUUUACCGACAAGAUUACCGCCCAUGUCCAGGUGCCCACGACGAACCUCGACCUGACAAACUACAUGCCCCCACCGCUGCCGCCCGGCGCCAUCCCCAAGGGCGCCCCCGUCAGCGCCAGCCAGCAGCCGCCGUACGUGUACGACCUGUAUGCGUGCGUCCACCACUUUGGCUCCCUCACGGGCGGCCAUUACACGGCGACGAUCCGGACGCAGGGCGAGGCGGGGCCCGAGUGGAUGUACUGCGACGACAGCCGGGUGAUGAAGUCGGACGACCGGCAGAUCAACAGCCCCUCGCCAUACCUCCUCUUUUACUUUCGACGGGGCCGCUGAGAGCCGCGCCAUCAUCACCUCUGAAUCAUUUAUCAUUCCUUCGUCUUUCCCCCUGCUUGACUCGCUCGCUUGCAUCCAUCCACCCAUCCCACCUUCAAUCAUUCAUCAUACUCUCUUGGCAAUGUGGAUCGGUCUUUUCC